CCUCUCCCUCUCGCUCCGGCCGGCGCCAUGAGUAUGCUCCGGCUCCAGAAGCGGCUGGCCUCCAGCGUACUGCGCUGCGGCAAGAAGAAGGUUUGGUUGGACCCCAACGAAACCAACGAGAUCGCCAAUGCCAACUCGCGUCAGCAGAUCAGGAAGCUGAUCAAGGAUGGGCUGAUCAUCCGCAAGCCUGUGACCGUCCACUCCCGUGCCCGCUGCAGGAAGAACACCUUGGCACGGAGGAAGGGCAGGCACAUGGGCAUUGGGAAGAGGAAGGGCACAGCCAACGCUCGGAUGCCUGAGAAGGUGACCUGGAUGAGGAGGAUGAGGAUCCUGCGGCGCCUGCUGCGCAGAUACAGAGAGUCCAAGAAGAUUGAUCGCCACAUGUACCACAGCCUGUACCUGAAGGUGAAGGGCAAUGUCUUCAAGAACAAGAGGAUCCUGAUGGAGCACAUCCACAAGCUGAAGGCAGACAAGGCUCGCAAGAAGCUCCUGGCGGACCAGGCCGAGGCUCGGCGCUCCAAGACGAAGGAGGCUCGGAAGCGGCGCGAGGAGAGGCUGCAGGCCAAGAAGGAGGAAAUCAUCAAAACCCUCUCCAAGGAGGAGGAGACCAAGAAGUGAAGGCCUGGCACUGCCCGGGCACUGCCCAGCAGCCUUCAGUAAAACCCCUCCAGG